AUGAAUGUCACUUCAGAACGUGGUGCACGUUCUGGCAUAAAGACUGGCGAUUCUUCGUCAUCAUUAUCAACAACAACAACAACAACAACAACCACGACGGGUGCAGCUGGAGCAGAAGCGGCUUUGCAUGAGGUCAAAAGGAAAACAGUUUCUUCCAACAGACCAAUUUCAAGAGGAAAUGUCAGCAUUGACCCCACUACUUUGGCAGUGAAUGAGUGUAUGGCCAUGGUCUCAGCAAUGAGAAGAUCAAAUAGAUGGGCUCAGGGAGGCGUUGCUGCCUUACUUAAUGCUAGCGAUAUAUUUGGUACACCCGACGACGACGAGGGCCUAACAAGUAAUUUAGGCAUAUCUUCCAUUCUCAACAAUCAAUCUGAAAAGGGCGCAAACUACAACGGGUCUACGUUGAGCACUAGUCGACUGGAUAACCCCUUGUUGUCAUCAUUUUUGCAAUUGAAGUCGAUAUUAACGGAAUCUAAAACCAUAUUCGAUAUCGACAGUCUAACUUUACUCCAACCUUUCUUACUAGUUAUUAAGCUGUCAUCUACAUCAGGGUAUAUUACGGGAUUAGCACUUAAUGCAGUUUCCAAGUUUUUGACGUAUGAUGUAAUCUCAUUGGAUUCCAAGAAUAUAAAUGCUUCGCUUGCGCAAAUUGUUUCUGCAUUGACCCACUGCCGUUUUGAAGCUGCUGAUCAAAAUUCAGAUGAUGCAGUUUUAUUGAAAGUGCUUCGGCUAUUGGAGAAGUUGGUGGAGAGCCUGCUUGUAGCUAUUCUUACCAAUGAAAGCGUCUCGGAAAUUGUACAUACCUGUCUCUCAUUGGCAUGCAACAAGAGAAGAAGCGAAGUGUUGCGAAGAGCAGCAGAGAUGGCGAUGAUGUCCAUCACAGUGGAGAUUUUCUCAAAACUAAAAGAAUUGGAGCCCGAAACUGAUUUCUCUGGAAAUGAUCUUCAAACAAAUUUCUCAAACACGGUGUUACCCGAUGAUGUCAUUGGUGGUACGGAAACAAAAGCGUCUUCUGAGUCAAGUUCGAGCCCCAGCUCUGUUAAUGGCGAUAGCAAAAGCUCUAUGGAGGUUGAAAAGCACAAUGCUGAAGAACACGAACUGGUACAAGAAAGUUUUGAUGACCCAUUUGGCAUCGUUUGUAUAAAUGAGUUUUUGGGGAUACUUGUAUCCUUCAUCUCACCUACAAAUCAGCAUCAGCAUAUGGAGAGCACUCGAGUAUUUGCAUUAACACUCAUUAAUACUGCAGUCGAAGUGUCAGGCUCCGAAUUGCCAAAGUAUUCGUCUUUGUUAACAAUGAUUGCUGACCCUGUUUCCAAACACGUGUUGCAAAUUAUCACCACCACGGACUCAACCCCACUUUUGAAAGCUUCUUUGCAAGUAUUUUCAACAAUUUCCAUCGUCCUUGGUUCCAGAUUGAAACCCCAAUUUGAACUAUCCAUACGCCUCAUUAUGAAAGCAUUGCAACCUGAGCCAAUAUCAAACGACAAGACUGGGAAAAAAAUUAGUAAUCAACCAUCAAGGACCCCGAUUGCGAAAGAGUUAUUACUAGAGUCGCUUAGCUUAUUAUGGACGAGGUCACCAGAGUUUUUCACGCGCAUGUUUAUCAAUUACGAUUGCGAUUUUGAAAAGAGCGAUUUAGCAGCAGAUUUCAUCAAGUUUUUGGCAAAGCAAUCUCUUCCAGAAGCAGCAAUCACACUGACCCACAAUGUUCCACCAUUGUGCCUUGACGGUUUGUUGACAUUGAUUUUGGGAAUGAAUGAGCGAUCAAAGGUACAUACUCGCGGAUCGAAAUCGGAGCUUUCGAAAAAAUACCUUGAAAAAAGACGUAAAAAGACAGCUUUUAUAAAUUGCACAGAAUUGCUCAAUGAAAAUCCUAAGGAAGGUGUUAAACUGCUAGCAAAAGAAGGGUUUAUUAGUGAUGACAAGGAUUAUGAAGAAGUUGCAAAUUUUUUCUUUUCCAAGUCGGCUCGAUUGAAUAAAAAAAUGCUUGGUGAAUUUCUUGCAAAGCCGAAAAAUUCACAUCUUCUUGAUGCAUUCAUUAGUCUAUUUGAUUUCCGUGAUUUACGUGUCGAUGAAGCAUUAAGAAUAUUAUUGAAAACAUUUAGGUUACCGGGAGAAUCACAACAAAUUGAGAGGAUUGUUGAGAAAUUCGCUGAGAGGUAUGUUUCAUGCCAAGAAAACUCUGAUUCCAAUCAAGUUGAUCUUUCCACUAAAUCUCCAGCGACAAAAAGAAGAGGUUCAGCGGGUGAAGAAAACGACGAGGCAGUUAGACCGGAUAAGGAUUCUGUAUUCAUCUUGUCUUAUUCUGUCAUUAUGCUCAAUACAGAUUUGCAUAAUCCACAAGUAAAGAGGCAGAUGUUGUUGGAAGACUAUAAACGAAAUCUUAGAGGAGUUUAUAAUGGAAAAGAUUUCCCCGAGUGGUAUCUUUCCAAGAUUUAUUCAUCCAUCAAGGACCGUGAAAUAAUCAUGCCCGAAGAACACCAUGGAACCGAUAAAUGGUUUGACGAUGUGUGGCACAAUGCUGUUUCCACUCAAGAUUUUUCCAAUGAGACACACGAUGAAUUUGACGCUAAAGAGUUGUGUCAUUUUGACUCAGUGUUAUUACAGGCAAUAGUAGACGAUCUCAUCUCAACCUUAAUGGUGGUAUACCAGGAGGCUUCAGACGAUCACAUAGUAACAAGGUUAAUGUCGUCAGUGGACAAAGUGACCAGUUUGUGUUUAAUUUAUAAUAUUCCCGAACCUAUUGAUACAUUGACAAUUAGGUUGGUUCAAUUUAGUAAUCUUGCAAGAGGCGAAUUGCGCAAAGGACUCAAUGAUGACAAUAUUCGAGAAGAGAUUCCAAUUACGCAACUUAAAAUUGAGAAGAAAGAUGGUGAUAUAUUUGUUAGUGAUUUAUCCGUUUGGUUUGGACGAGAUUUUAAAGCUCAAUUAGCAGCCGUUAUGUUGUUUAGAUUGAUGAAAAAAAGUGGUUGCAGAGUGACAAAGUCAUGGGAUAAAGUUGUUGAUGUUAUUCUCAAUUUGUUUGAAAAUUGUUUGAUAGAUCCAAACAUGUUUGGCGAAUUUCAAAAAAAGAUUCAAAUGGGACCUUUACCAAAAGUACAACCACUCUACCAUAUUAAAAAGAGCAAACCAUUGAAUAACUCAGGCUUGCUUUCCACCUUUUCCUCCUUUCUUAAAGGAUAUAAUGACGAACCACCAGAGCCAACCGAUGUUGAGAUUGAGGCAACGUUAUCAUCAAUGGACUGCGUCAAGACCAUUAACGUACCAAACAUCUUUGCGAUAGUGUCUAAAAGUGAUUCAAGAAAUUUGAUGGAGUUUAUCUCGCUAUUUUUGGCGUCAAUUCCAAAACUCGACGAAAAGAAUAAGAGGUUUUGCGAAACAGAAACUUUGUUCAUUUUGGAAGCUUGUGUCUGUUUUUGCUUAUUACUCAAUAGCCAAAAGAUCAUGGAGAAAGUAUAUGAUUGUUUAAAUGAAGUGAAUGGGUUGAGUAAAAAAGGUCAGCUCAGGUUAACCACUUACAAAUUGCUUUUGUUGAGAUAUUAUGAAAACGAAAAUAGUUUAUUAGUUGUUUUGAAAACAUUGGGAGAGUCAGAUAAGGAUCUUAUGAGUAAACACGGCGGACAGAUUUUACAACCACUUUUAUCAUUAUUGGAUGAUGAUUGUUGGUGUUACAAGAAAUUGCUCGUGGAUGACAAUUAUUGGAACACCCUUCGCUAUUUUGGCUCGCUUCAAGUAAAUGCAUUUGAUAUAAUUCCAUUCUUGGAAAGCUUUGUUGCCAACUCUAGAGAAGAGAUUACCCCCGCCAAUUUUGUCUCUGUGUUGGGGCUCAUGGAUGAGAUUUCCUCGCUUGGCGCAAUUGGAUCACAAUUUGAACAUGAAAGCGAACACAAUGGUGGUAAAUUGGCUCAGAACUCGUAUUAUAAUGAUGUGAUGGGUAUGGCAAAGAAAUCAAUCGAAUUAACUUCGAGGUUGGCUCCUUUGCUCACCAAGGAACAAUUUCAACAAAAUGGACUUGCGUAUUCUUUUAUUCAAGCUUUGGCACAUCAAUGCUUUAAUCCUUGUCGCGAAGUAAGAGAUUUUGCAGUCAAGACGUUGCAAGCGUCAACCACAAGUAUGCAGUUAAAUAAAGACAUGACGUUUCAAGGUGUUUUCGAGUUUGGAUACCUCCCAUUAUUAUCUGAACUUUCAAAAGUUGAAGUAUAUAAUAGUGGUCGAAAUGGAUUCCAAAAGACACGAAAUGAAGUUGUAUCGCUUAUAAGUAAAGCAUUCUUGAAAAACUUGGACAACACCAACUUAGAUGACGUCAAACUGGUCUGGAUCAAGAUACUUGAUGGUCUUUUAGAGUUUCAGAAAAAUAAUGGUAGGUACCUUUCACCGGAGCUGACCGAGUCGACGAAGGAGACAUUGAAGAAUAUGAUUCUCGUGUUACAAGCAAACAAGGUCAUUGCUGAUGAUACCAACCACGACGAGAGUCUGAAACAAACAGUUGAAAAGAUCAGGGUUUUAUAUCCCAGUCUAGCUGAGGAAUUGGGUCUUGUUGAAAAGAAACUGGAAGUUGCAGAAACCGAAGAAACAAAGGAGAAACCAAAUAUGAAGAAUGAGGAAGCAGAGACCGAGAAAGAAAAUGAUAUAGAGGGAAAACAAGCUGAUGGUGCAGAACAUGAAAGCGAAAGAGUAAUAGCCGCAGGAGAUAAAGAUCACGAUGAAAAAACUGUAUAG